GUCACGUUACGUCACCAACAUGCGCCCGUCAACAUAGAGAGCCGUCAAGAGCGAAGGGCAGCGUCCUCCUGUCAUUACCUGAGCAUUGGGAGUGUUGUGACCACACAUUUGUCAGUUCUGAAUGCAGUGGAUGUGGGAACAGCCAGGAUGACAUCGGUGGCUGUUGCCUCCACACCUCCAGCCAUGAGCAGCCCUCCAGCCAGCAAGGGGGACUACUACUGGCUCCGCUCCUUUGUAGCAGGAGGUGUUGCAGGAUGUUGUGCAAAGUCUACAAUCGCUCCUCUGGACAGAGUGAAGAUUCUCCUCCAGGCCCAGAAUCCUCACUACAAACACCUUGGAGUGUUGGCCACUCUCAAAGCUGUGCCAAAAAAGGAAGGCUACAUUGGCUUGUACAAAGGCAAUGGGGCAAUGAUGGUGAGGAUAUUUCCCUAUGGGGCAAUCCAGUUCAUGGCCUUUGAACAUUAUAAAAAGAUGCUAAGUACGCGGCUUUGGCUAAACGGGCACAUUCACCGCCUCAUGGCCGGAUCCAUGGCAGGGAUGACAGCAGUGAUUUGCACCUACCCACUGGAUAUGGUUCGAGCCAGGCUGGCUUUCCAGGUGACUGGGGAGCAUCGCUACACUGGCAUUGCUAACGCCUUCCACACCAUCUACACGCAGGAGGGUGGAUUCUUCGGAUUCUACAGGGGACUUACGCCAACCCUCAUUGGAAUGGCGCCUUAUGCAGGUGUGUCAUUCUUCACCUUUGGGACCCUGAAAAGCCUCGGAUUGCAACAUUUUCCGGAUACGCUGGGCUGUCCCUCCUCCGACAACCCAGAUGUGCUCGUUCUCAAAACCCAAGUCAACCUGCUGUGCGGAGGAGUCGCCGGCGCCAUCGCUCAGACAAUAUCCUAUCCCUUGGACGUGGCACGGCGAAGAAUGCAGCUCGGAUCCGCGCUUCCCGACUCGGACAAGUGUGUCUCCCUGCGGACGACCAUAUCCUACGUCUACAAAAAGUACGGCGUGAAGAACGGCUUGUACAGAGGCCUGUCUCUCAACUACAUCCGCUGCGUGCCCUCUCAGGCUGUGGCCUUCACCACCUACGAGUUCAUGAGGCAGGUCCUCCACCUCAACUCGCAGGCUGCCAGGGCCUAAAAGCCUUAAGGAACUUGCUUCCGACGUCUCAAAGCAGGCUCCUCUCGGACUCUCUCCACCUUUCAAUGGUGCAUCUUCACGCCAUAAUGAAGAAGUGACAUCCGCUCAUGAAUUUAUUGGCGUUGCUGAAAGCGUCUUCGAUGUUUGCAUUAUGUUGUUUUUUUUUUUUUUUAGAGAUUUAUACAUUUUGAGUGUUGGUGUAACAGCAUAAUUUGCUGUUUACUAUUUAGUGUCUGUUUCUGAACAACAGGCCUUCAAAAGUGACGUAUUUGGCAGGAAGCUCUUGUGGACUUUUGCCAAUAUCAGCAGUAUAGAACAUUUCACAUUUGCUCACGUGUGCUCAUAAUCAAACAAUAACUUGUAAUAUUUAUAAGUCUUACUUGUCAUGAUUGUUCUAUAAUCGGAUCCUGGAUGAAUGUAGAUCCGAAGUGACUGAUCUGAAAGGAGAAAAUUGCAUAAACUGUUUACCUUU